ACAUAAUUUAAAAAUCCUUUGCCAUGACAAUACUAACAGUGAUGCCACAUGUUUUAAAAAAUGAUCAGUGUUAGAUGUACAGUACCAGUGAAAAGCUUGGACACCCCAAGCCGCCUACAAAGGAGAGAUAAUGUCGCGUCACAUGAUACAGCCACCUGUCCUCAACCCAAUAGAAAAAGGUUUUGGAGGAGUUUGACCAGAGAGGGAAGGAAAAGCAGCCAAUGAGAGCUCAGCAUAUAUGUGGGACCUCCUUCAGGACAGCUGGAAAAGCAUCCCAGGAGGCCGCCUCAUUAACCUGGCGUAGAGGAAACUGUAAGGGAGAAGCGAGAUUUAGCCAGUUGUUGAUAUGAAAUUAUUAAUAGGCCAGAGCUGAAAGGGUCCUAGUGGGAGGUGUAGCCAUCGGGGUAACUGCCCUACACGUGACCCAAGCAGAUCACCAGCCAGACACAACAACAGUCCUGUGCGAAAGGGGGACCUCUUGUGGGAGCACAGAACAUGCGCAUCUUCGGAAACCUUCGACUGUCUACGGAAAUCGUCGAAACCGGUCGGCCAUGUUUAACUUGCUGCGGCGUUACGGGGCUGUAACGCAGUAAAUGUGCUGUUAUUCCUGACAAAAUCUAAGUGCUACUGCAGGCAAGGUGGCAGCGUUUACUCCUAGUCCGGAUUUAUCUGUCUCAUGUUUCUUUCAUGAUGUUAUUUUCGUAACCUCGCAAGGCGGGUUAUGGGUAUGUAUCCUGUAAGUUAUCGAGUGCCAUGGAACUUAUUUGGAAGUACUGCAUGAUAAAUACAAGUACUCUGAAAUUCUUCACGAAAAGGAGAUAUUACAGGUGUCCUGGACUGCAUCCUUUUUGGAAAAGUCGUUUAUUACGGAUUUUUCCCAAAUGCAACGAGGCAAGAUGUUGCGCGGAUGCAUUGAGACUGCAUUACACGGCACCCGUCACCGGGUCGCAGGUCUACACGGCGCGUGUGAGCUUCAGCCAAAGACAUAUCCGUUCUUUUUCCACCACCCCGAGCCAACUGAAGAGUAAGAAAACCAUUCCCGAUGAAGGUGCUAUAGGGGAAGACGAUGAGGACUUUGGGGAGGACGUCCUGGAUGACAGCGAGGUGGAGGAGCUCUUCCUGCAGCAGGUCCCCACCAGAGUUGGCUCUGAUGAUCACAGGAUCGUCAUCGUGCACCCGGAUGUCAAGUGGGGCAGUAAGAAGCCACAGCUCACUACAGCUGAUCUCAUGAUGGCGGAGGCGGUGGGGUUGGUGAACACCCUGCAGAACUGGACAGUUGUGGACAAGAUCAUACUCUCCACAAAGACCCCUGAGAAGAGGACUAUCUUUGGCAAGGGGAAUUUCAAAAGUCUUACAGAAAGGAUCAAACGACUGCCACAGAUCACUGCAGUGUUUAUGAACGUAGAACGGCUGAGCCCUCUGUCAGAGCGGGAGCUGGAGGAGACCUGGGGCCUGAAGGUCUUUGACAGGUACUCUGUUGUCCUCCACAUCUUCCGCUGCAAUGCCCGCACGAAGGAGGCUAAGCUACAGAUCUCUCUUGCUGAAAUCCCCCUCCUCAGGUCGCGCCUGAAAGACGAGCUGUCAAACUUGGACCAGCAGGGAGGUGGCUCUAGAUACAUCAUGGGAUCAGGUGAGACGUUCCUGGAGGUGCAACAGCGGCUGCUGAGGGAGCGGGAGAUGAAGAUCCGCUCUGCGCUAGAGAAGCUGCGGAAAAAACGGCACCUGCUGCGCUCCCAGCGCAAGAGCCGAGAUUUCCCCGUCGUCUCCGUCAUCGGCUACACUAACUGCGGAAAGACCACUCUGAUCAAAGCCCUGACGGGAGACAGAGGUCUGCAGCCCCGAGACCAGCUCUUUGCCACCCUGGAUGUGACUGUACAUGGCGGCCAGCUGCCCAGCCGCAUGCCGGUCCUCUUUGUAGACACCAUCGGCUUCCUGUCCCAGCUGCCCCACCAGCUCAUCGACUCCUUCUCUGCCACCCUGGAGGACGUGUCCCACUCGGACCUUAUAGUUCACGUCAGAGACAUCAGUCACCCCGAGACCCUGAACCAGAAAGUGAACGUGCUGAACGUCUUGAAGAACCUGCAGGUACCUGAGCGUUUGAUGAACUCCAUCGUGGAGGUGCACAACAAGAUAGACCUCGUUGACAGUUACCAGCCCACAGAGCAGGACGCCAUUGCGAUAUCGGCUCUGAAAGAACAGGGCUUGCAGGAGCUGAAGGGUGCAAUAGAAACAGCGGUGAUGAAGGCAACCGGCAGACAAGUUCUGACCCUCAAUGUGGACCUCAGCAGCCCCCAGUUAAGCUGGCUGUACAAGGAGGCCGCGGUUCAGGACGUAGACGUCAUGGCUGAGGAGGGGUCGGCGCUCGUGAAGGUCAUCAUCAGCACCGCCGCCUACGGCCGCUAUAGGAAGCUCUUCCUGACUAAUUAGGAUGAUGGCCGGUGCCCCCCCCUGCACCCCAGUAUGGUGUGGGUCACAUGAUCAAGGAAAGGAGGUUCAAUGAAAUUAACAAAUGGAAAUGUGAUGCUGUUGCUCUAAACUGAAAGUUUAUUGCAUGUAUUAUAUUUUUAUCAUCCCCCCGGGACACUGUCUAUGAUAUGCAGUUUUGGAUAAAUAAUAUAAAUAUAUAUAACUCC